UAAUGUGGCCAGUCGCAGCGACUGUGCCGCAUGCCCUACGCGGCGAUAGUGGCAAUCGGCUUUUGGUGUAGGGCAGCUGAAAAUGUGGUCGAGCUGUGCUAACGGAUUGCGUUUCUCACGCUGGAUCAGGUCGCGUUAUCAGUUGGCGCUGUGGAUAAUAGCGAACCGAAACGUAAACAAACGACGCCCACGAAUUGCAGUGGCUAAACGGCAAAGUCCUUGCCCCAUGUGGUGCGGCCGGCUGGCAGAUUGUUAAAAACUGGCGCUCAGUUCGUUUCGUGGCCGCGCUUCAUGUUGGCAGCUCUGAUUUUUGACAGCUGCUCACGAUAAUUGUGUGUGUGUGUGUGUGUGCAGAGAUUCCCGAAUCGUCGUGUGGGUCGAGUGUGGGUGUCAUGGAGAGUCCGGAGUACGGUUGGUUCAACCACAGCAACGGCAAUGGCAUUUCGCCCAGAACAAAUGGCGCCAACGAGCUAAAGGAUAACCUAAUGGAUAUCACAACUGCUGCGACCGUUGGACAGCAGCGAAUUAGCGCUGGCCUCCUGCUCUGGCUGAUCAUCAAUGCGAUCAUCUUUGUCUUUAUACUGGCCGGCAAUGCGCUCACAAUCGUCGCUGUGCGCACCUGUCGCAAUCUGCGCUCGGUGAUAUCGAAUCUGUUCAUCUUAUCAUUGGCCAUAUCCGAUUUCAUUGUGGGCGUCGCUCUGCCCUAUCAUGUCGUCUUCUACAUGGGCAGCGGCCUCGAUCUGGGCCGUCUGCGCGGCUUCUGUUUGUUUCGCUUCUUUCUGUUCAUCUGCGCCUGCUGCGUCUCCAUACUGACGCUCAUCUCGAUUGCCGUGGACCGCUAUAUAGCGGUCAUCUACGCUUUGCACUAUAGACGCUACAUGACGCGCCGCGUUGCCUACAUGAUCAUCACGCUGAACUGGUGUGUGGGCGCUCUGGUGGCGAUGAUACCCAUAUUCUGGAACAAGUGGUCCGCGGCGCAGGGCUGUGAAUUCGAUGAGGUGCUGCUGCCAUGGUAUGUGGCCGGGGUUAUAACGCCCGGAUUCGUUAUCAUCUGGAUAUGCAUGCUCGUCUUCUACUGGCGCAUAAUGCGCGAGGCGUCGAAACAGGCGCAGCGAUUGCGCCAAUCUGUGGUCUACAAUACGCACAGCAGCCACAGCAUGCUGCAUCCGGACUGGAAGAGCGUACAGAUUGUGGUCUUCAUCAUGGGCUGCUUUACGAUCUGCUGGCUGCCCUACUUCUCUGUGGCGAUUGCCCAGCUCUUUCGCAUGUGCCGCAGCAACUCGAUGAUCUACAAGAUAGCCUUCUCGCUGGCCAUGGCCAACUCGGCGCUCAAUCCCAUCAUCUACUCAUGGAAGAAUGCCGGCUUCCGGCGCGCGUUCGCCCAGACGCUCUGCUGCAAGUCCGCCAGCUGCUGUCGCAUCGAUGCCGAUCUGGAGCUGCAUUUGCCCUCGGACAGCGUCAAGCAGCGCAUCGAUAGCAACAGCAGCAACGGCUACGCAGCCAACGCGGAAACGAAGCCCAACGAAAAACUCUCAACUCAAUGCCAGGUCGCUCAAUAA